ACGUAAUUUGUCGAUGUCGGCCGGUUCCAAAUCCUCCCCUCUGUGACGACACCAGACGACAACAAAUCUCCAGGAACCAAUUGCUCGUCCACCACCGCCAAUUCCGCCAUGGCCACCAAUGUGUGCAGGAGCAGAGCGUUGGCCUCAGCUUUGAGGCCCGUCAAGCCUGCUACUGUUCGCCCGCGGACCGAAGCUGCAGUGCGGCUCUUCUCGGCCUCUGCUGCCCGCGACGUUGUCGUCCCCAAGGAUGCACCAAACGUCAGGCAAGCUCCCCGGGCACCUCUGGGCAAGAUCGAGGUCCCGAUAGUCAACCCUGCCGACAAAUACGCGUCCAAGGCCGAGAACCUUCAUCGCUACGGCCAAUGGCUGAUGUCAUGCCUGCCCAAAUACAUCCAGCAGUUUUCGCUGUGGAAGGAUGAGCUCACCAUAUACAUCUGCCCGUCCGGUGUCAUUCCCGUGUUUAACUUCCUCAAGUACAACACUUCUGCCGAGUUUACAACAGUCAGUGACAUCACCGCCGUUGACUUCCCGACUCGGGACCAACGCUUCGAGAUAGUCUACAAUCUUCUCUCUGUGCGACACAACGCUCGCAUCCGAGUCAAGACAUAUGCGGACGAAGCCUCUCCUGUGCCUUCCAUCUGCGGUAUCUACGAUGGUGCCAACUGGUACGAGCGUGAGGUUUACGACAUGUUUGGCGUCUUCUUUGUUGGCCACCCCGACCUGCGCCGCAUUAUGACCGACUACGGCUUCGAAGGCCAUCCGCUGCGCAAGGACUUCCCUCUUACCGGUUAUACCGAGGUUCGCUACGACGAGGAGAAGAAGCGUAUCGUCACGGAGCCUCUGGAGCUCACCCAGGCUUUCCGCAACUUCGAGGGUGGUUCGAGCGCGUGGGAGCAGGUUGGGCCGGGCAACGACAGAAAACCCGAGUCUUUCAAGUUGCCUACUCCCAAACCAGAGGAGCCCAAGGAGGAGCCUAAGAAGUAAAAGACGUGGCUGACGCCGUGUAUAUAAUAUUGUCUUCCAUUAGCAACUGUUGUCUUGGAAUCGGGAAUCCUAAAAAUCUGCUUAGAGUUUUGGUCGUUAGUCUCGAUUUCUAAUUCUGACUUUGGCGAUAGGCUUCUUACGUGAUACUAUUUCUGCUGCCGGCCUAGCUGACUGUAUUAAUAUCUAUAUCCUCUGACUAGCCAUAUUUCCAACUUGGA